GCACUCUUCAUCCACGCAGUUCCACAACGUGCAGACGAAACUCUGAAGGCUUUGAACGGUUAAAACUGCUGCUGGCAGUAAUUCAGGGUAUCACACAGAAGAGUCAUGGCAGAAAAUCAAGAAGAGAUGUCUCCAAUUGAGAUGAAAGUGGCACGACAAUUAGAGUACUACUUUGGGGACCACAACCUUCCAAGAGACAAGUUUCUCAAAGAACAACUGCAGCUUGAUGAUGGUUGGGUGCCUUUGGAGACUAUGCUUAAAUUCAACAGACUAAAGUCUUUAACUACAGACAUCGCCAUCAUUGUUGCGGCUCUCCAGAAAUCAAAGACCAGCCUCUUGGAAAUCAGCGAAGACAAGACUAAAAUCAGGAGGUCUCUAAACAAACCUUUACCAGAACUGAACGAUGAUUACAAAGAUGCCCUGAAACACAAAUCUGUGUACAUUAAAGGUUUCCCUCUGGAAACUUCCCUUGAUGAGAUUCAGGAGUGGUUGAAUGAGAAAGGCACAAUUGAAAACAUUCAGAUGAGGAGAAAUCUGCAAAGGCAGUUCAAGGGAUCAGUGUUUGUCUGUUUUGACACAGAAGAAUCAUCCAAGCAGUUCCUACAACGGACAGACAUAAAAUCGUUCAAGGACAAUGAAAUGCUGGUCUUAUCAAGGGAAGACUACCAUGCAAAGAAAUCAGAAGAAAGAAAACAGUUCAAAGCAGAGACGAAAGCAAAAGCUAGACAGGACAAAGAACAACAGCAGAAACAUGCAGAAGACAAAGAAAUGGGUCUGCUUCUGGAUGAACAGACAGGUUGCUUGUUGAAGUUCUCAGGAGAGCUUGAAGAUGUUUCUAGAGAAGACUUUCAUGAAUUGUUCUCUGGGCACGGAAAGAUCAAAUGGGUAGACUUCACAAGAGGGGCCAAAGAGGUAACUGAACUGUCUCCCACUGAAGUAUCCUACUCGCAGAUGAAGAGGCAUCAUAUGGUUAAACAGAUGUUUUUAUUCCCAAAAAAGGGCACCCUCCUUUUUGACGGAAAUGCAAAAGAGGCAUUCGAUAAAGCCAAAGAGGCCAACGGAGGGGAACUGAAGAUGAAGGACAAGAGUGUUACAUGGCAGGUGCUCGAGGGAGAUGAGGAGAAAGAGAUGCUGAAAAAGAUCAUUGAAGCUCAACAGGAGUCUUACAACCGAUCCAAAGGCAGAGGGAGAGGAAGAUCAGGCGGCAGAGGAAGAGGAGGCAGAAGGGGAAGGGGUGGCAGAGAUCAAGGCAGAACUCAUUACCAAGGCAAAAAGACGAAAUUCGAUAGUGAUGAUGAAGACGAUGCUCCUGCAGCAAAGGUUGCCAAAACUGAAAAUGGAUCUUAGUAACAAGAUGUUACACCCAGAUUUUUUCUUUUCUUUUGUGAAAACAUUUAUUAUAAACGGUGAAAAUGCAGAGGCAACUUAAAUCCAUUCCAGUGAAAG